UUUUUUUUGAAAUCCAGAGAUAAACAAAUAUCUAAAACCCACCUACACCAAAUACAACAUACCAUGGAUCCUGCCCCACCAAGUGCAGGUUCACCGACAGAGACUUCUCCUCAACCCUCUUCACCACCAACAGAGCCUCCAGUAACGACCGAACCCCCAAAGCCCCCUACCACAUCCAACCCUCCUUCACCUCCAGUCACAACCGAUAAUCCUUCACCUUCUGAACCAUCACCUGAAAAACCAGUGCCAAGCGAAAACCCCAAUCCUAACCCGAAUCCCAACCCCAAUCCUAAUCCCAAUCCUAAUCCUAAUCCUAAUCCAAACCCCAAUCCUGAUCCUAAUCCUAACCCUGGACCUCCACCAUCACAGCCCUCAAGCGGUGGAGGAGGAGGGAAUGGUGAUAAUACGACCAGAGGUAGUAAGAACCCUCCUAAGACGAGUGCUAGCAGUGUAAUAGCGCCCAGUCCUGGAAGCAAUAAUGGAGGCAAUACCGAUGGAGGGAGGAACAACAGCGGUACAGUCGAUGAUAAAAAUAGCUCAAAGUCAUCGGUGAUCGGUCCCCUGAUUGGAGGUAUUGCUGGAGUUCUUGUGCUUGCACUCAUAGUUGGCAUCUUUGUCAUGCGGUAUCGGAAGAAGAACAAGGCUAGAAAGCGUCGGCUCGACAUCUUACUGGAUUCGCAUGGGCAAGGUCAUGAUCAAGUUCAGGCUUUAGGACUAGGAGGUGGACCCUCAAAUGCUACUGGUAAACCAAGGCCUAGCUCUGCUCAUAGCUCUGUUGCAAGGCCAUCGACACAUUUGGAGAUGAGUGGUACUGGAGCCGCUAUUGGAGCGGGACCAAUUGCCGGCGCUAUGCACCUUGCGAACGAUGGAUACGACAUCUACGACUAUAACCAUCAAGGCUAUCCACCCAAUAAUAUGCCAUAUAAUGGUUAUCAGGACCAGUAUGAACAAUAUGACCUUUAUGAUCCAUACUAUCAACAACCUAUGCCUCCUACGCAAGCUCCAGGCGGAGGAAUGGAAGCCGGAGGGGCCCAGUUGCCGGCCGUUGGCUAUUAUCCAGAUUCAACAGUAGCAUAUCAGCAGCCUGCUCACGGACCGGGGUCUCCAUCCAUGACACAUUCCUCGAGCGCAUCGCCACCAAAAUCAUACCCUCAUCCUCCUCCACCACAACAACCGAUUUCAGCGAGUGAGACAUACGAGCCGUUCAAUAAGAUCGAGACUGGAGAUUACACCAACAGCCAAUCGCCUGCACGUAAUCCACAGACAAUUACAGGGGAUCAAGGCAAGAUGUAAUUGCUCUGAGAUCACCAUCUAACUAGUUUGGCAUGAAG